AUGGCCAAGAAGCUGGUGCUCUCGAUGGCGGCACAGGAGCACGCCGGCUUUGCGUUUGCCGCGCAACUUUUGUCCCUCGACGCGCCGUCGUCAUCGCAUCUCAAGAAAGAGACGCUGAGCCCGUGGGUCGUCCACGCCCAUCACUGCGGCCUCGACUUCCGCGUCGGCAUGCCGCCGCCACCGACACUUGCGAUCGCGAGGCCACCGUCGACACUGGGCAGCGUCGUUGAUCUUGCCGACACGAUUGCGUGUCUCCACGAGCGCCGACCUGCGUGCCUCCACUUGGCGUUCGACGCGAAAAUCAUGGUGCUCUGGCUGCAUUCACCCGACAAGUUUCUCUUGUACGUUUGCCCAGCCAAGGUCAAGGUGCUCAAGUCGCUGCAGGAGGUCGUCGCCAAGAUGACGGACGACGUCGAUUCCGACGAGCCCUGCACACUGCGCCUCCUUGUAUCGACAAACAACCAAACCAACGCGUCGCCAUCGGCCGAGAUACCGCUGCCAGACACGAGCCCCGUGCCUCACCAAGUGCCACGUCUGGCGUCGCCUUGCCCGACGCGGACCCUCUCGCCAUCCAAAGCUGCAAGCGCGUAUCCGCUGCCCAACUACAAAGCGAAACUCGGAGCGACGACAUGGGCACUUCUGGAGCUGCAAGCGGCGGCGCUCGCAGCCAACACCACAGGCGUAUCAGACCGACCGAGCCUCGUGCAAUUUCGCCUCGCCCCAAGACAAGAGACCGUCGUCCGUCAGCCAACGUCUGUGGACCUACAUUUUGUGGGCGUCGAGGCACCGCCAACGCUCGACCGAUCGCAACGUCUCGCGGAGCUACGGGCAGAGAAGAUCAAGGCGCAGCGUCUCCGGCAGCUCGAGACGAGGCGCCUGCAGAUCCAGGCGCGAGCGCCGCUCGAUGACCCCAAGGUCGCAGCCUCCAAGCCGUCGAACCGCCAGCUCAUUCAGAAUGCGAUCGAAUACACGCUCUUGGCUGGCGUCGCGUGUGAGAAGGAGCGAACCAAGGUGCUGGGCGUGCUCUCGACCCAUCCGAGCGAAAACUUUGUCGUGGCGCUCAAAGGAUCGGCCCUUGACAGCCGCAAAAUGACGUACCGCGGCCUGUACGUGCUCGACCCUACCUCGGGCGUCGUGAGCAGAGUGCUCGGGUCCGGCCCAAACACGCUCGACGCCUCCAGUGUGAUGCAGUUUUUUCGGUACAACUCGGGGAAAAAAGCUUUUGUCGGCGUCUCGACCCGCAGCUUUACCGUGGCGACGGACGCCGCCGCCGUGCCCGACGACUGCUUUCGGCCGCUCAAAGCCAAACGCCCCUCGUACCUCUAA